UACUGAACUAACUGGGGGAUUUCCAUAGGAGAGGAUCUACUUCUUCCAACAUUCACCACUUUUGAAAACACGCGAGAUCCGACUACCCGAUGCCACCAUGGAGCGGGCGCUCAAAGCUGCACGAGCCUCUGGUUCACUCAACCUAUCCAAUCGCGCUCUCAGGGAAGUGCCCGAUGAGGUAUACAGAAGUCUGGAUGCAAUCGGGGAGGGGGAAAAGUGGUGGGAGGCUGUGGAAUUACAAAAGCUUAUUUUGGCCCAUAAUGAUAUCGAAUCAUUGAGAGAAGACUUGAAAAAUUUAUCCCUGUUGUCUGUGUUGAAUCUUAGUAACAACAAGCUUGUCCACCUUCCAGCUGCUAUUGGAGAGCUCCCCAUGCUAAAAUCAUUGGAUUUGUCACAAAACUCAAUUGUUGAUAUUCCUGAAGUGAUCGGAUCAGCAACUUCUCUUGUCAAGCUUGACUGUUCAAACAACAAACUUAAGGAUCUCCCAAAUUCCCUCGGAAGAUGUUCAAAUUUAUUAGAACUCAAGGCAUCAAACAAUUGUAUUACCAGCUUACCUGAAGAUCUGGCUCACUGUUUAAAGUUAAUCAAACUAGAUGUGGAGGGGAACAAGUUAACAAUGCUAUCUGAGAACAUGAUUGCAUCAUGGGUCCUUCUUACAGAACUUAAUGCAUCAAGAAACUUGUUGACUGGCUUGCCAGAGAAUAUUGGAAGGCUUUCACGUCUCAUUCGUCUUGACUUUCAUCAGAACAGAAUUUCAUCAAUACCAGCAUCAAUAAAGGGCUGCUGUUCCCUUGCAGAGUUCUAUAUGGGGAAUAAUGUGUUGUCUUCGCUAACAGCAGAGAUUGGGGCACUUUCUCUUUUAGGGACAUUAGAUCUUCACUCAAACCAGUUAAAGGAGUAUCCUGUGGAGGCAUGCAAGCUCCGUCUUCAAGUCCUAGAUUUGUCAAAUAAUUCAUUGUCUGGCUUGCCCCCUGAGAUUGGUAUGAUGACAACUCUUCGAAAACUUGUGCUCACUGGCAAUCCUCUGCGAACUCUUCGAAGCUCAUUGGUGUCUGGACCUACACCUGCUUUGUUGAAGUUUCUGCGCAGUAGACUCUCUACAGAUGAAGAUUCUGAAGCUGCUACUACAGCAAAAGAGAAUGUAGUCACCAUGGCAGCUCGAAUAUCUAUUACUUCAAAGGAACUUUCUUUGGAAGGUAUGGGUUUGAGUGCUGUCCCAGCACAGGUAUGGGAGUCGAGUGAAAUUGUGAAAGUUGAUCUUUCUAGGAAUUCAAUUCAAGAACUUCCACCCGAACUUACCUCAUGUGUUUCCCUCCAGGCUUUGAUUUUAUCCAGGAACAAGAUUCAAGAAUGGCCAGGUGUAAUUUUAAAGUCACUUCCUAACCUUUCAUGCUUGAAGCUGGACAAUAAUCCACUCAGACAGAUUCCAGCAGAUGGAUUUCAAGCUGUCUCCAAGCUCCAGAUUCUGGAUCUAAGUGGUAAUUCAGCUUCAUUACCGGACAAUCCAGCGUUUUCUAGCUUACCUCAGUUACAGGAACUUUACCUGAGGCGAAUGCAGCUAUGUGAAGUCCCAUCAGAUAUAUUGAGCUUACAGCAACUGCAGAUCCUCGACUUGAGCCAAAAUUCCCUUCAAUUGAUUCCAGAGGGAUUCAAAAAUCUUACAUCUCUUACCGAGCUUAACUUGUCUGACAAUAGCAUUGCAACACUUCCCCCAGAACUGGGAUUGCUUGAACCCAGUCUACAGGCCUUACGACUUGAUGGAAACCCAUUGAGGAGCAUCCGGAGGACAAUUUUGGAUAGAGGAACCAAAGCUGUUCUAAAAUAUUUGAAGGACAAAAUUCCAGAGCACUAAUUAUUUGUGUAUCUGGUAUGGUUUUUGUUUUAAAAACCAGGUAUACUGGCAUACAUGGCUUGCUUUGAUUUAAUACUAAUAACAUAUACAUCUGUCAUUAUGUGUGAUGAUUUCUUUUUUCCUGAUGUUUAAUGUUCCUAUUUAGACAGACCACUGUAUUUACAAUGGUAUGUUCUCUGUUUUUCCCCA